AUGAACUGUGCUGUUGUUAACUACCCAGACAGUGUGUUCUUGGUUGCUUUGGCAGGACAAGAAGAUUACCGGUCUCUUUUCAAUUGUCAAUGGGAAGGGAUCUCUGGACUGACAUUAGCUAACUCAGUGCUAAAGAGCUUUCUCUGCUAGGGUCAUGCUUGGGGUCAUUGUAAGUACCUGUACAGGAGACAGAUUUGCUGAUGUCACAGGGCUAGGCAGAGCAAGGAGCCCAGCCUACAGCGAGAGCAGCCAGGACUACUAAUCUGUUUCUAUGGACACUGGGGAAAUGACAGGCUUUUUAGAGGAGACAUCACUGCUCAAAGGAGAGGAGAGAAAAUCGACUAAAGGCAAAGCCCCUCCCCCACCUGCAGCCAAGGGCCUGAACGGCCAGAGACUGUCCCUGGGAUUUCUGGGAAGCCCGCUCUCCGCCAUGGACCAGAAGGAGAACCUCAAUGACAAAGACCUGGACCUGACCGUGGUGCUGCCUGGAGGAGUGGAGAAAAUGGCCACGGUGCCUGGGAGCAAGCCGAUGAUGGACCUGCUGGUCAUGUUGUGUGCAAAGUACCACCUGAACCCAUCCGGGCACACCAUCGAGCUCGUCUCCACAAACCGAAACCACAUCAAGUUCAAGCCCAACGCUUUGAUAGGAACCCUGGAGGCCGAGAAGAUCCUACUGAAGCCCAAGGGAGUGGACGAGAAGAGCAAGAAGAUGCCGCAAAUGCCUGAGGCUACCGUCCGCCUUGUCAUAAACUACAAGAAAACACAGAAGACAAUUCUAAGAGUCAACCCUCGAGUCCCCCUUGAAGAGCUCAUGCCUGCAGUUUGUGAAAAAUGUGAAUUUGACAAAAAGACCUCUUUUUUAUUGCGAGAUUUCCGGUCAGAAGAGCCUCUGGACUUGACGAAAUGCCUCAAUGACUUUGGCUUGAGGGAGGUCUAUGCAAGGGAUACUAAAAGUGUUAACUCGCCAGAAUUUCCAUCCUCACCAAUAUAUGAAGGCAAUCGAAGUCCAUCAUACAAAAGCAGAUCUUUCAAGGAGAAGGAAAACAAAGGAUUGUUCAGCAUGUUUCGAAGAAGUAAGAAGAAGUCGGGCCAGGCGGUGAGCAUGAGUGCGCCCACGUCCCCGGUCCUGAGCAAGCCGAGGCCGAUGAGCAUGCCUCUGCUUGGUGCCAGUGCGUCUGUGUACAACUCAAACGCCACGCUCUCCGACGUGCCAAAGAAGAGACGGGCUCCCCUGCCGCCCACUAUGGUGCUACAGAGGUCCAUGUCCAACACCAGCGAUCCCCAGACAAACUCCCCAAAUGAGUCCUUCACUGAUGGAGAACGAGUGGUGUCUGGGUUCCGUCGAGCGUCCUCCAAGAGGAAGGCACCACCGCCCCCUCCCUCACCCUCUGCCAUUUCCAAUCAAGACGUAUUCCUGGAGGACGGGAGUAUUAAAGCUGGAUCAGUGCCCCACAGUCCACUGGAGCAGAUCAGUGAGCAGGAAGAAAUGGUGGUCUCAACCGCCCCUGACCCCAGCGCUGCGGCCGAUGUCCAGAUGGACGACACAAGCCCCGACGCCUCUACCGACAUCCAAAUGGAUUCUGGGAUUACGGAGCUUCCCCCGCCUCCGUCGGACUUCAAGGCAGAGAGUUUGCCACCACCGCUGGAUGGCACAGGGGAAGAUCAAUUAAAUGAUCUGUCCUCAGAUGGCAAACCAGCACAGGACCCUGUGAGUGACAAGGAAUGCACUGAACAAGCGCUGAACUCUGUGGAAGUUGAACUGGAACACGGAGAUUCAGCAGGCACUGAUUUAAGCCCACCAGCUGAAGUGGAGCAGACCGUCCAUUUGGAAGAGGGCGCUUCAGUACUAGUUGAUGACAAAGAGAAAAGUGACUCUGGAGCAUGCACAGCUCCGAGCACGCCGGAAAUCCCUGCCCCCCCUGUCCCACAGCCCCUGACCCAGGACGCAGAGACACUGACCUCGGACGGGCAGAGCGUCAAAGCUCCUCAGGAGUGUGCGGAGACAGUCGACGGUCCGACCUCUCUGGCAGGAGACGUUUCUCCGGCCCAGCCCGUCGUCCAGCCGCCCCAAUGCCGGGAAGCCUCGUCCCCCACCGAAGCGGCCCAACCCAAGAGGGACAUGUCCACCUCCACGGAGGAGCUCCCCCAGGGCGAAGCUUCUCCCACGUUACCUCAGGAACCCAAGAAUCAACCCAUAUAUCUCCUGGACUACGCCCCUAAACCCAAGCCUUCCAACGAGCUCACCAGAGAAUACAUCCCCAAGGUGGGCCUCACGACCUACACCAUCGUGCCCCAGAAGUCCAUGGAGAAGCUCCGCUUCUACGAGGUGGAGCUGACCCUGGAGCCCCCAGGCUCCGUCCCCGGGCAGAUAGUCGCCGUAGGGCCGGAGCACUGUCUGGCAGGGGUCCCCGCCGAACAGCUGGAGCUCCGCAACCCUACGUUCAGGGUGGGGUCUCCGUUGAGCAACGGGAGGGCUGAAGCUAGCCGCUGCUACGCGUUUCCCGGUCAGCCGGUUUCCAUGCCCGCCCAACAGUAUUCACCACCCGCCCAACCUUAUUCCCCGCCCGCCCAACCGUAUUCCCCGCCCGCCCAACCGUAUUCCCCGCCCGCCCAUCCGUAUUCACCACCCGCCCAUCCGUAUUCCCCGCCCGCCCAUCCGUAUUCACCACCUGCCCAUCCGUAUUCACCGCCCGCCCAACCUUAUUCCCCGUCCGCCCAACAGUAUUCCCCUCCCGCUCAAACAUAUUCCCCGCCCGCCGACGGCAAGCCCCUGUCCCGCCGUUCCUGGGCGGCUGCUGCGGCAGGGGUCCUGCAGAAGAAAGUCCCUCCGCCGACCAAACCCAAGCCGGGGUCUUUCCGCUUGUCGCUGCAGAAAAGGACCUCCGGGUAUGUCACGUCGGCAGCCGUGAAGAGCGCCAACGUCGGUCACGCAAGCGGGAGGACCGAGGUGGCGACGCGGCCGGACGUGGGACGGCCUGCUGAGGCUUCGGAGGAGGAAAACUUCCCCCCUCCCCCUCCCCCCUUGCUCUGGACGGAGGAGGUGGUCACCGGUCGGGACCAGCCAAGGCCUCGGGAAGAGAAAGUGGAUGGCCCUGCAGCAUCCGGUCUCCACGGUCCCGCUGCCAAUCUUGACGGCCCUGCCCCCAGGCCAAAUGACUCCACCCAUAACGUCGAUGGCCCUGCCCCUAAGCCUGCUGACCCCACCCCUAAUGUCACUAUCCCUGUCCCUAAGCCUGCUGACCCCUCCCCCAGUAUCACUGUCCCUGCCCCUAAGCCUGCUGACUCCACCCCCACUGUCAACGCUCUUGCCGCUGGGCCUGCUGACCCCACCCCCAAUAUCACUGUCCCUGCCCCUAAGUCUGCUGAUCCCACCCCCAGUGUCAGUGCCCCUACCCCCAGUGCCUCAGGCUCCCCCCCCAAACUCACUCGGCAGUACAGUCUGCCUGCCAGGGACCCGGCGGUGGGGCUGAGUCUGGAGAGGCUGAGGAGCUUUCUGGCCCCCAAGCCGUACAAGCCCGCCUCGCAGUCGCGCUUUGCCAAGGCCGUGUCUACCGCCAUCAGGAGGUCCCACUCCUUUAAUAAAGCCUCCAGCGCCGACCCACAGCCUGCCGAACCGCUGCCAGCCUCCCCGCUGGCCAACCAGUACUCCAUCCAAGAGCUGGCGGAACCAUCCAGAAGUCCGGAGAAGGAGGCGCGGGAGAGAGAGGAGGGCAUGAUGCCGGUGCCCCAGCAGGAGGAACAGCCUGACUGCGGAACGAGCGCCGCCGUGCCCUCAAAGACCCCCGGCGAGAGCGACCGAGGGGCGACCCCGGAUGCCCCCGCAGAUGCCAACUCCCCCCUGAGACCAGAGAGCGGUUUGCCAUCGGUGGCUGAUCCUUUGCCUCCAUUGUCUGUGAAUGGAGCACCAACGGAGAUUUAGCCAACACAAGCUGAAUAGAGAUAUUCAUCUUCUCCUGUCACAUGACCUGGGUAGACCCUCAAGAAAAGGCAGUUCACCAGGUUCAACACACAGGAGACUUUUCUUUUUGUUUAUUAAAUUGAAAAAGUUUAUAAAGAGUUUCCUGGCCCCUUUUUGAGAUUACUUUUUUUCCAAGUAAUUAUAUAUCAAUAUUUUGAGACUAAUUAUGUAUCAUAAUAUAUUUCAGUUUAUUAAUAUCAGACCUUUUUGGGGUUGCUGGUUUUAUAAUGGUUACAUGAAUUAUGUAAAUGUUCAGAUUGAAAUGGUCUGUCUUAAGUUGCCUUAAUGUAUUUUUCUGGUUUCGUUAAAUUAUUAGUAUUGAAAUUAAGUUGUAAUUUUCAUCCAGAAAUAAAAAAUAUAUAUAUAUUUACAAUAAGUCUAUUCGGACUUACUUGAAGCUAUGGUACUUAAAAUGUGUUCUUCCAUCAAUUUUAUUUUUAUUUGAUUUGUUUGUUUUAUAUUUUAUCUAAACAAAUCUGUCACCCAGACGGUCACUGGAACAUGUAAACACUACAAGCAGUGUUGCUAUAUAUCUGUCAAGACUUCUGCUGCAAACAAUUUAUAGAAUGGAAGUUGUUUUUGUGUACAUUGAUAUUAAACAAUCAGUUUGACGGA